AUUCCAAAGGCUCUUUUUAGUUUUAUGGAUGAACCCCAGUCAAUAAAUACCUAAAAUAUAUAAACACGUUUGUGACUCUAAUCUCUUGGAUCAAUUACAUCCAUCCGGCCAAGAUUUGGUAAAAAAAAAAGUGGUCAAAGAAUGGAUUGCUCCGGUCAAAGCAGUAAUAUCAUCAAGAACCGCGACUUCAAAGAUGGGUUACACGAAUGGCGCCCAAAUGGCUGCAAAGUUUUUGUGGUGAAUCCAGCAGAUAGUAGUAGUGGCUGUGCUUAUGCUGUGAUGACAAAUAGAAAGGAGGCAUGUCAAGGCAUGGAGCAGGACAUCACUGGCCGUGUCUCGAAAGGUUGCACUUAUUCAAUCCGCGCUUUUGUGACAGUCGCCGGAAAACAUCCCGCCGGGAUGGCUACUGCAGUUAUGGCCACCCUCAGGCUUGUAUACAAACAUUCUGCCAUGUGCUUUAUUUGUAUCGGAAGAAAGACCGUUUGGCCGAACUGUUGGGAAGCUCUCGAAGGCACGUUUUCUUUGUCCACAAAUCCAGACCAAGUCGUCUUUUAUCUCGAAGGCUCCGACGCCCGCGUAGACAUACUCGUUAAAUCUGUCACCAUUUCACCUUCCUCUCUAGCCAGCGAUCAAAAGGAGAAAGAAGGGAUUGAAAGGAAACGCGAUCAUGAUCAUAUUCUUCAAGUUGCUAAUAAUAUAAUCUUUAACUAUGACUUCAGUCAAGGAUUCCUCAAAUGGGAAACCAAUGGUUGUCAAGGACACGUGGUUAAGGGAGAUUCAGGAAGCUCAUACGCUUUCAUUACAAACCGCAGAACAAAUUACCACGGCUUGCUGCAAGAUAUCACCAAUCGUGUUUGUCAAGGUUGUCCUUAUGCAGUGGAGGCUUGCGUUAGAGUUUCUGGUAACAUUGUGGGAUUGACAGAUAUCCAAGCCACACUAAGACUGGAGUACCAAAACUUGGAUGCUCAACAUCUCUUUAUUGGAAGGAAACCUGUUUCUCCAAACAAUUGGGAAACAAUAGAAGGCACUUUUACCUUGUCUACAAAAUCGGAUAGGGUAUUGUUUCUUUUAGAAGGGCCUUCUGGUGGAGUAGACAUUCUCGUAAAAUCAGCCGUAAUUUCAUAUGACUUUCCUUCCUAUUUUAUGUGAAGUUUGGACUUUCUCCUAUUUGUUUGAUACCAUCCAAUCCAUAUAUUAAUCCAUG